CCUGCAAACUACUUUCAAAAACUGACUGAACAGACGUUGCACCGAAAAAUCAAAACUCACUAGUUUGAUAACAUAAUAGUAUUCCAUUCUUGCAUAGUUGGGUGAGAUCCAACGGUGCUUGGUGGAUCCAUCAAAGUGGGUGUAAUAUAUCCGUCAUGUAGACGAAUGUAGAUUAUGAAAAGGUAGUGCCGUUGCAGUGAGAAAUUGUGUUCUGUUACAUCCUAUAAAUUCCUUUUCAUUUGUGACUCUGGUGAUUUGUGAAUGCCUUUUAGUUUUCAGGAUCACUACGAAUAACUUGGCACAAAUGCUUGCGUGACGUUUGAGAGUUUUUUGUUAGGUUCCUUUUUUUUUUUCCUUUUUUUUUUGGUCUGGUAUGGUUUAACGCACUAAUAUGAGCAAACCUUAACGAAAGGUCUACAGUUGGAGAAUAGUUUGUUCCCUCAAAUCUUUUCUAUAUUUCCUUUUAGGAAUUGGAAAAGCUAUUAUUCAACUAAAUUUUCUGUAUAUUUUUUUUUCUGUCUAUUUGGGGUUAGGGAAGAAUAUAAAUGAGUAACGUACAGCUCUUGUCGUGUAGUCUGCGGCUUCAGCUCUAGCUGGUUGAGCUUAAUUUACUGCUUUUAAUGUGACAUCAAUACAUCAUUGAUAAGAUUCAAAUCUCAAAUAAUUCUUGGGUCUUUCUCCUUAUAAAGAAUAAUUGGUUGAAAAGCUUUAUUUUUUCUCCCACUUUUGGGUACGCCAAUAGAUCGAGUAAGGAAAAGGAAAAGUAGCCAUUACUGAGUAGCAAUGCCAAAGACGCAAUAGUGGUUUGUGGGGACUCGACCUGAAAGCAAGGUUUCUUGAUGAAGGGAAGCAAGUGAUGCCAUAAGUGAUGAAGAGUAUUGCUGAUUUGGGUGAGGAAUGGAGAGUGGUGCCAGCAACAGUAGGACGCAUGCAGUACUCAAGGACUCCUCAUGGUUCAGCCAAUUCCGCAAUGGCUCCAAUCCUUGGAUGGCUAGAUAUGCUUACGGUUUGAUGUUUCUAGUUUCAAAUAUGCUAGCAUGGGCUGUUCGAGACUAUGGACGUGGUGCCUCCAGAGAAAUUGAAAAACUAAAAGGAUGUGCUAGUGGUGACUGCUGGGGUGCAGAUGGCGCUUUGCGUGUGAGCAUGGGAUGUUUUGCAUUUUAUAUUGUAAUGUUUCUUUCAACCAUCGGUACCAAGAAGUUGAACGAGCGCCGGGAUUCAUGGCAUUCUGGAUGGUGGUCUGUCAAGAUUACCGUGUUCAUUGUCUUGACAAUUAUUCCUUUCUUGUUUCCCUCUACCUUCAUUGAGAUUUAUGGGGAGGUUGCACAUUUUGGUGCUGGGGUCUUUCUCCUAAUUCAACUUAUAAGUAUAAUCAGUUUCAUCAGAUGGUUGAAUGAUUGUUUUCAGUCUGAAAAAUAUGCAGAAAGAUGCCACAUCCAUGUGAUGUUAAUUGCAACUACUUCAUAUGUUGUAUGCAUAAUGGGGAUCAUUUUGAUGUACAUUUGGUAUGCACCAGAACCAUCUUGCCUUCAAAACAUUUUCUUCAUUUCCUGGACGCUGGUACUCCUCCAACUCAUGACCAGCGUGUCCCUCCACCCCAAAGUGAAUGCUGGUUUCUUGACUCCUGGGCUCAUGGGGCUUUAUAUUGUAUUCAUUUGCUGGUGUGCCAUCAGAAGUGAACCAGGAGGCCAAAGUUGUAACAGGAAGGCAGAGGCUUCAAACAAAACAGACUGGCUUACUAUCAUUAGCUUUGUUGUUGCGGUUCUUGCAAUGGUUAUUGCAACAUUUUCUACUGGCAUUGACUCCCAAUGCUUCCAGUUGAAGAAGGAGGAUACACAGGCGGAAGAUGAUAUUCCAUAUGGUUAUGGUUUCUUCCAUUUUGUUUUUGCUACUGGUGCAAUGUACUUUGCAAUGCUUUUAAUUGGCUGGAAUACUCAUCAUACCAUUAAAAGGUGGACAAUUGAUGUUGGUUGGACCAGUGUCUGGGUCAGAAUAGUGAAUGAAUGGUUGGCAGUCUGUGUUUACUUAUGGAUGUUGGUGGCACCAAUUGUGUUGAAGUGGCAACAAAUGGAUGAACCUGUGUGAGACAGUGGAAAGUAGUCCAAUGCUUUUGGGUAUGCCCCUUCCAUCUUAUGUGCGCAUGGUGGUCAGACACUUGCAGAUAGAAGGAAAACCCUAUGCUCAGGAGGAUCCUGGCCUGACUGCACCGCCAUACAUUACAUUACCAGUUACCUUACAUUUCUAGCAUAGGAAUCUGAUGUUAUGGCCUGCGGCUCCUCGGGGAAGAUGAUAACAAAAAUGGGAUAAACAAUCAUCCAAACUUCGGAACUUACUUCAGAACCUGGAAUAGAUAGAUGUGUAAAACCAUAGAUGUAGUAAAUACAAUCGUGUCUACAUGAUAUUGUUACCAUGAAAUGUACCAUCCAUUUGAUUCUUGUUCUGAUGUGAGAUGUUGGCUGCAGAUUUAGUCAAAUACACAAUUUUCUUUCUAUGCUA